CAGCAUCCUGGGCUAAGAGUUGGUUGCAUUCUUAUUUUUCUGAUAGAAUGCAGUAUACUGCAUAUAAUGGCAAAUCUUCUUCUGCUUUGCUUACAAAAGCCGGUGUUCCUCAAGGUGCCGUCCUCUCUCCCUUUCUUUUUUCUUUCUUCUUACAUGACCUGCCACAUUUAAACGAAACCAAUUUUGUCAAAUAUGCUGAUGAUCUGACUGUAUCACUGCCUAUCACUUCUGAGUCUGACUGCUCCAAACUUAAUAGCUUUUUGUUGGACAUCAGCAUGUGGUCUAAGUCAAAUGGUCUUAUGUUAAAUCCUUCCAAAUGUCAGGCAGUUAACUUUACCUUCAACCAUCGACCCCUACUCACAGCAUUUAAUACCCUUCGUAAAACGGCAUAGUCUUUUUUAAGAAGCCCAGGAAAGAUUAAUGGAGAACAAUAAAGUAAAAUGGGUAAAAUACAGGAGUUUAAAAAUCGCAGAACUAAAGGUUGGCUGAUAC